GCCAUGUUAAUGAGCAAAUCAAACAAUUCAGUCUCUAAGUCCCCGAAAAACGAAAAAGAGUUUGAAUUUGGUUAAACGGCCUCGACUAGAAUCAUCCAGAAUGUGAAAUCUACCUAGAUGCCCGCUAUAAGGCCGAAAUUUUGAAUUCAUUCCAUAAAUAAAGCCUUUAUCUAUCGGUUAAAUAUAUCUUAGUAGCUCGAGCAUAGUUAUCAGGAAAUUUCCACCUCCUGAAUGAAUGGGCUUGCCUUAUUACAGACUUACCUUCUCGUAACCUAUUCAUGUGCUUCUGAGGGCUUAUAAGUCACGAGCCUUCUAUCGCAACUUAAGGAAGCUGAAUUAUACGCAAAUUGAUUCAAUGUUUGACGAAGAUAUCGAACUCAUUCGACCGGUACCAUUCCAGUAUAGCGAUGACGAUGCACGGAACAUCCCAGACCUUGAUGAGGAUGAGUUCGAUGACCUUACAGCGGUGCUCAAAGCCUUGGCUAGGGGAAGCUACCCGCGCCUUGAAGCGGUGCCAUUCGCAUUGAAUGCGUAUAAUUGCGACCAGAUGAUGAUUAACGACGACGACGAGCGAAAGCCAUGGGCGUAUUUUCAUCCGGUUACUAUUGUAGAUGUCCGUAUGAUCGAUACGAAAGUUCGUCCACGAAUUGAUCUCGACGGUGUGAUACUAGAGGAUUUGGAAAGAGAUUGGCAGCCAAUCCGAGCUAUCGAUCAUACGGGUUCCGGAAAAGGUGGAGGACGGGUUGGAAGUAUAGGACAGGAUUCGGCACGAUAUCGAUUUCUGUGUUUUAUCCACAAGCAUCGGAUAGAUCGCAAGAGGAGUUCUCAGAAAGCUGUGCAUACUAUUAGCAUUUGGGACCGCGAGGUAUGUCAUAUCUUCGUUUCCUGUCCAUAUGGAGAGUAUACACUCAGAUUAACAUGCGUGUGUAACCAGUGGGACGAACUCACUUGGCACGAUACCUAUCACGUUAACCGCGAGUCGCGCCGGCGCGAUAUCCAGCAUUUUUGGAGACGCGUCAAAGCUAAGACGUGGCUCGGAGGGGACGAUUUACGGGACGAAUUUAUCGAUCGGAUUAGGUAUCGCACCGUGUAUCAUAUAUGCGAGCGCCUCGAGGAUACUAUGCGGGAUACCGUGCCGCCGCGAAACACGCUUUGGUCUGUUAGUGAGUAUUUUCAUAUCCCAACCACCCUUUUUACGGUCGCUAAGUCUUUCCAUAGUGGGCAUAGCGCUCUACCACAUGAACAACGCGCGCGAUCCACAGGUCAGCAUCGUGCCUGAUCGUCUCGAACUGUUCGGUGGGAAUUCUAAAGAUUUGCUGCCGCGCUUUUUUGUGCGUUUAUUGUGUCUGUGCCUUGAUGCUAGACCGAUGUGGACCCGUGAGGAGCAGAUGCGGUUUGUGGCGCAGUUUCGGAUCAUUGAGCGUCUGGGUUGGAUGAAGUUGCGGACUCGUGAGCAUUUAGAGCUUUCUUA